AUGGUAGCCCCGCCCAGCAGCCUGGCUCUGACAGGGCCCCGACCCAGGAAGAAGCGCCUGGUGGCCCCCGCCCUAAGUCUGACGCUGGAUCGCAGUGACUCGGCGGUGUCCGACGACUAUGCCACAGCUGCCCUCUCUCCCUCCCCUGAUGAUGACGAUUUGGGGCUGGACAUCGACUUGGAUGCCAUGGAAACGCCCUCGGACAGCGAGUCCCUCCAUUUUCCAGUGCACAACAUGGAUUUGGAGGAUGACCUGCUUCGUCUGGGAGUGGCAUCAUGUUUCCAUAAGGCCCGUGAGUCAGUACCAGAGCAGAUGGGAGUGGGCUCUCUUGACCAAGACCAAGUGGACAGCCAGGGCACUAGGUGGCGCCGGUUCCGCACAGGAGAUCCGCUUCAGGAGAGUCUGGUCAACAUGAGUGUACUGGAUCCUUUCCUUCGAGUCUUGUCACAUGGGGGUUACUAUGGAGAAGGGUCUAAUGACAUCAUUGUGUUCUCUUCCUGCUAUCUCCCUGAAAACAACAUGGAGAACUACCAGCAUGUCAUGGACAACCUGUUCAGGUACGUUGUGGGAACGUUGGACCUGAUGGUUGCGGAGAACUACGUCAUUGUGUACCUGUGUGCCAUGGCCCAGCGUGACAAGCUCCCCACCAUUGGCUGGCUCAGAGAGUGUUACACCACCGUUGACAGAAGGUUGAGGAAGAAUCUGAAAGGUCUAUACAUCAUACACCCAACCUGGUACAUCAAGGCCCUGAUCACUAUCAUCAAGCCCUUCAUCAGCUCCAAAUUCAGUCGCAAGCUUCAGUUUAUCGACAGCCUUCGGGAGCUGUCCCAGCACAUCCCUAUUGAGCGUGUGCAGAUCCCCGACUGCGUCAGACAGUGA